AUGGAACCGAUAGAGACAUCACAGAAGGCCAGAAGGUCUACGAAACAAACCAUUUUCACAGGAUUGUGGAAGGGUGAAGAGCAGCUGUUGAUGGGCGCCUCAACCAGACGAACAGUGAAGAAGCCAGAUAUAUAUAGUGCGAGCACAAAGAGGACUGCUGCAAGGUCAAGACACGACGAUGAUGAUGACGACAAUGAAGAUGAUGACGACCAAGAAGACAACAGUGAUAAUAAUGAUGAGCAAGAUGAAGAACAAGAUAGUGCUGGAUCAGAUGAUGACAAUAAUAACAACAACAACAAUGAAGAUGAAGAUAACGAAGAUGAUGAUGAAGAAGAGGAGGAAGAGUACGAUGAGGAGGAAGAGGAGGAGGCACCUUCAAAGUCAAGACGAGGAGGAUCAACAAGGACUGUUGUAGCCUCUUCAAAAGCAAUCGAUCAAAAGCAGCAAAAGAAGAAGGGCAGACCUCCAAAACAGCAGACAAAGGUCACCGCGAAACCACCCCCGCCACCGCCAUCUAAAGGGCGCUUGAAACCAGCACCAUCAGCCGCAAAGAGAGGACGUCCACCAAAGAAGAUCGUGUCCGAGUCGGAGGAAUCAGAGGAAGACAAUGACGAUGAUGUGGACGAGGUGCAGGAGGACGAUGAUGAGAGCGAACAUGAGAAGGUACACGAGGAUGUCGAUGCAGAGGACCAAGAGGAUGGCGAGGAAGCGGACGAGGAGGAGGAAUUUGACGAGGAAGAAGAGGACGAGGACAACGAUACUGAUGGCACUGAUCUCAGAGACAUGGAGAUUGAGGAUCGACUGAAUCUAGAGUUCACGAUCGAGAAGGUCAUCGAUCAGCGAACGAUCACAAAGGAGGACGGCACCGAGGUGGAGGAGGUGUAUGUCAAGUGGCGCGAUUUGGCCUACAUUCAUUGCACCUGGGUCGAAUCAUCUCGUCUGCUCAACACGACCAAGAGUGCCAAGGCUCGUCUGCAGCGUUGGCAGUCGCUGCAGGACAACGACGACUCUGAGUACACGCGUCUGCGCUCCAAGGCCGAGGACGCCUACAAGCAGUUCAUGAAGAUCGAGAAGAUACUCGACAAGAAGGACAAUGGCGACAAUGGCGUGGAAUACUUUAUCAAGUGGCGCGGACUGAGUUACGUCAACUGCACAUGGGAGAACGACGAGGACAUUGACGACGACGCAGCUGUCGCCGCCUACGACGACUUUAUCAACAUGCCCGCUCAGUCACAGCUGGCAAUUCGUCCGCGACCCGCCCCCUCCGACUGGAAGGAGGUCAAGGAGAGUCCAGACUUCUUCAAGAAGGGCCGUCAGCUGCGUCCCUACCAAAUCCAGGGCCUGAACUGGCUGACGUACUGCUGGCAUCACAAGCGCAACUCGAUCCUAGGCGAUGAGAUGGGUCUCGGCAAGACUGUGCAGUCCGUCUCAAUCAUCGAGACGCUCAGGAAAAGGCAUGGUAUUCGCGGGCCAUUCCUUUGCGUGGCGCCACUCACCACCAUCCAGCAUUGGCGUCGCGAGUUUGAGUCGUGGACCGAUCAGCGUGUGGUGGUCUACCACGACCAUGGCCAGGCACGUCCCAUCAUCCGCGACUACGAAUUCUACUACACCGACAAGAAGGGCAAGCCCACCAACGUCACCAAGUUCCACACGCUCAUCACCACAUACGAGAUGGUGAUCAGCGAUCGCUCAUUCCUCUCCAAGAUACACUGGCGCUACCUGGUCAUCGACGAGGCGCACCGUCUCAAGAACAAGUCGUGCAAGCUGACCACCGAGCUGCGCACCUACAAGUACGACCACCUGCUGCUGCUCACGGGCACACCGCUGCAGAACAACACACAGGAGCUGUGGUCGCUGCUCAACUUUAUGGACCCUGCACACUUCACCUCGCUGGACUCGUUCCUUGCCGACUAUGGCGACCUGAAGGAGGCCGAGCAGGUGGCCAGUCUGCAAGAGGUGCUCAAGCCAUACAUCCUGCGACGUAUGAAGGAGAACGUCGAGAAGUCCAUCGCGCCCAAGGAGGAAACCAUCGUCGAGGUGGAGCUCACCACUGUACAGAAGAAAUACUACCGUGCGAUCUACGAGAGGAACUUCACCUUCCUGAGGAAGGGCGGCAAGAACUCCGGUCCCUCGCUGCUUAACAUCAUGAUGGAGCUGCGCAAGUGCUGCAACCACCCCUACCUGAUCAAGGGCGUCGAGGACUCUGAGACAUCGAUGCUGAAGAAGAACUCGGACGACGUCUAUCUCAAGCUGAUACAGGCCAGCGGCAAGCUGGUCCUGAUCGACAAGCUGCUGCCCAAGCUCAAGCAGGGCAACCACAAGGUGCUGAUCUUCUCCCAGAUGGUGGCCGUCCUCGACAUCCUCGACGACUACCUGACGUUCAGAGGAUAUCUGCACGAGCGUAUCGAUGGUGGCGUCAAGGGCGACGAGCGACAGGCUGCCAUCGACAGGUUCUCCGCGCCCGACUCUGAUCGAUUCGUGUUCCUGCUGUGCACGCGUGCCGGUGGCAUUGGUAUCAAUCUGACUGCGGCAGACACUGUGAUCAUCUUUGACAGUGACUGGAACCCACAGAACGAUCUACAGGCACAGGCCAGAUGUCAUCGUAUUGGACAGGACAAGAUGGUCAAGGUCUACCGUCUGGUCACGCGCAACACUUAUGAGCGUAUCAUGUUUGAUCGAGCAUCCAAGAAGCUCGGUCUCGAUCGUGCCGUCCUCACCAAGAUGACCACAACCAACACUUCAUCGACAACAGCCACGACCAAAGAAGAGGUACCAGACAAAGACACAAUCGACUCUUUGUUGAAGUAUGGUGUAUAUGCUAUCAAGGACGACGACAAUGCAAGCGAGAAAUUCUAUGAGGAGGACAUUGAUAAGAUCCUUGAUCGAUCGGUGGUGGUGAAGCAGGAGUCGGUGGUCGAUCCUUUGGUGUCGAACUUCUCGACGGCAAGCUUCUGCUCAUCAAGCUCAGUGCCACACAUUGAUGUCAAUGAUCCCAACUUUUGGGACAAGCUCCAGCCCGAGCUGGAGACAAUCAACGAGUACGAUAUACUGCCACGCAAGAGGAAGAAUGUACAGCGCUUUGGACGUGACGAUGUGGAGAUCUCAUCGGACGAGGAGCAGCAGUCUGAGGAGGACCUGGAGGAGGAUGAGGACAAGGACACGAGUUCCAGCGGCGGCUGGACUCAUCGCGAGCGAGGCAACUUCAAGUCUGCCCUCUAUGUAUUUGGCAGUGGCCGAUGGGCACUGAUCAAAGCAAUGGCUAACCUCGAUCGAUGGACUGUUGACCAAGUCCGUCAGUACGGAGAGGCAUUCCUCUCCAAGGCGCUUGGCAUCUCCAUGGCCAAGGACUCUGAAGACUCCAAAGAAUCCAAGUCACCGUUCAAACCAUACAAUGCACUGGUCGAUCAUCUUGAGCCUGCUGUGUUUGAGCUGUACAACAAGGUGCCACCACCUGCCGACAUGGAAGUGGACUCAUCUACCACCACCACUACCACUACCACCAGCAGCAGCGCGACCAAUCAGUUCAUCAAUGACCCAAGCCUCAACGACACAAAGUUCAAGGAGUACCUGACGAGAAACUCCAAAAAGAUUGAGAACAAGCUGAGCAACAUGGCAGAGCUGGCCAAGAUGCUGCGCGUUGGCUACGACAAGGUGGUGGAGCUCAUUGGCGAGAUGAGCGACACACCCAACGACUGGUGGCGAUUCAAGGAGGACCACGACCUGCUCAUCGGAACCUACAGGAGCGGCUUUGGCGAGUACGACCAGAUCCGCCAGGACAAACUGUUGUGCUAUCACAAGUACAAGUUUACAACGGCCGAUUCAUCAACAGCGGCAGCGGCCGCUGUGGCCGACAGCACACCAAUGGACACUACAUCUUCAUGUGGCGGCGGCGAGGCCUCGACACCCAUCACACGCGUCUGGCCCUCUGCCAAGAUCCUGUCGCAUCGUCUGAAAAGAAUACUGCGUACACUGGACAUCUACAAGAAGAAGAGGCAGAAGGACAAGAAGGACAAGAAGAAGCGCGACAAGGAGAAGAAACGUGUGGAGAAGCGUCAGACGGACUACAAGGCCGACUGGACAAAGCGUGAGCGCAGCGACUUUUACAAGAACAUCGUCAUCUAUGGCCUGAUAGAGAUGGGCGAGGGCGAGGAGCAUUCGUGGGACCUGAUCAAGGAGAAGGCCAGCCUCAAGAAAAAGUCGUCGGACCUGAUCGAGCGAUACUACAAGGGUCUGAUGGCCAAGUGUCAAGAGUACCUCAACGCCCCGAACAAAGACAACGCAGAGGAUGACCUUGAGCUCACGCCAUCCCAGUGCAAGCGACUCCUUGGUCGUAUCCAUUUCCUGAAGAAGCUCAGGAACACACUUGGCACCGAUCGCGACAACAUCCCCGCACUGCUAGAGCACGUGCCGUCGCCCAGCUGCUUCCCCUCGUGGUACCAGAAGAAUGUCCAUGAUCUGGCGCUGGUCGAGGGCGUGUCCAAGCACGGCUAUGGCCAGUUCGAGGAGAUAUGUCGUGAUGAGUCACUGCCAUUCUACUCUAUCUACAAGACAUUGUUGCAGCAGAAGGGUCUCAACGACGAUGACAACGACAACAACGAUGACCCUGCCAUCGCAGAGAAGCGCAAGCGAAAGGAGAAUGUUGUCGAAGUGCUCAACAUGCCCCGAGACAAGUUCCUGAACUCCCGUGUGGAGCUUGUCGUCGAGUACAUCAACAACCAGAGGACCAAGGCACAGUCCCUGCACAGCAACCUCAGCCAAACGCUCAGCAGCUUCGUCACGAGGAACAGUCCGACAUGCGUACCUCUCAGAUCAAGCUACAGUGGAUCAAACCACCACAAUGGUCAAGGACUACAUCGAUUCAAUGGACUGCACGACUCACAGGGUGCCAUGUCCAGCAGCACCAGCGCCCUCAGCAUGUCGGGCAACAGCCACAAGACCAGUCGUAGCUCCACCUCCACUUUCACUUCCACUCCCUCAUUGGCAAAGAACAAGAACCAAAAGUCCAUCCUGGACUUCCUGCUACAUGACGACAAGGAUGGCGAUUUGGAGUUUGACUCUGAUGACGAUGAACAACUGUUCAGACGAGUUGCCAAGAGGUCCAAGAAGAGGCAUGGCUUCUCACCUGCAUCCAUAUCCAAUGCACUCAAGAGUCUUGACGACAAUGAAUUGAUAGCACCAAUUCAUGACUCUGACGACGAGUCCUUCCAGGACCACAAACUGCUACAGAGAGCAUACCUCAAGUCUUCAAAGGGAUCAACUGGAGGAUAUCAUAGCGGAAGCAGCAGCAACACCACUGGUGCCAUACGAUCUAGCAACAACAACAUCACACCUGGCAGUGCCGCACACAAUGCCAAAGACAGUAUCACAUCAUACUUUGACAAAGUGCAACAAACCGAUAUGUUCACACCUGUAAAGAAGAGCCAUACCAACAUCAACAACUUUUACAACGCCAUCCCUAACAACAACAAUGGCCAUCAUCUUCAUCAAUUUGGUACGACUACCACUGCUGGCAAUGUAAACGGCACAGUUGGCGGACUGAUUGGAGUAAUCAUGGAGGACAGCGACCUCCAGAUGCCCAACCAACAGGCCACCCCACCCAACUUCAAACUGGACAACCGUAUUGUCAAUAUCCUGAACGAAGCGAACGAGGACUAUUCGAUGGACUACAACAAUUUCUUUACAACAAAGUAG